CAACAUUCAAUUUAGCUUAGCUAGCUAGUUAACUAGCUUAGCUCUGUUUGAGAUUUAUAGCUAAAGCACCGUGUCUUGUUCACGGAGCCUGGCUAUUAAAACCCCGCUGCUCAUGCAAUUAACGUGUUACCAGCUACUUAAAACAACGCUGUGCUAGCUAGCUAACCUUUUGUAAUAUGUUACAUUUAGAUGUGUGACAACUUGGCAGAGUCGCUAGCUAGGUUAGCUAAGAUAGCUACAUGCACCUGUGUUUGAGCUCACAGUGAAAGUUAGCCUUCCAUCUCAAUCAGUUCGUUAGCUUAGCUGAGUUUGCGUUAUGUUGUACUGAUGCAAACGCAGUAUCUGGAUGGAUGCUUUCGUUCGACUAAACGUCCAGGAAUCUGAAUUCAUUUGAUACGGAAACCACAAGGAUACGAUGGGAACACCCUUUAAAAUCCCGAAGAAGAGGAACCACCCGUCACAUUCCUCCAGAAUUCACAUGACUUCUCCUCUUUCCCGGGUUCAGGAUGGCGUCACUUCUAAUGCCAGUUGGACCAGCUCUUUCAAUGGCAGAAAGCCUCAGGAAAGAAGCCGUGUUAAUGGGAAACAGGAUGCAAGUCCUGGAUCCACUGGUGCAGACAGAUGGAGGCCCAAGAGAGCGUCUGACACUCUGUGUUCGCAUGAGGGGGACAAGGAGCACCCGCUAGCACCCGCUGUUAAGAAGCGGUGGGGAUCUGUUCUUGCAGACUCUCAGUCAGAGGAAGAGGAGGAGACGCAACCGAUCCCUUUGGCGACAGACACGAAGCAGCUGUGUGCGGCGGUGGGCAGGGGGCAGGCGGUAGGAAGUCUCAGAGCUACUUCUCCAAAGACUUGGAUUGUAGGGAGGAUGCAGGACAAACAGCAGCCACGCCCCUCUACUGCCCCAGAUGUUGAGGCCCCAGUGCCAAAGAAGCCUGUGGGGACCCCUGGAGACAAAGCUGCCCCCUCUAUGCCUGUCAGAAAAGCCAGCAGUGAUCGGUGUUUUCCUACAGUUGUGCUCUCCAGUGAUGAUGAUGAGGAGGAUGGAGAGGAGGACGGUCAACGCUAUGGGCCAGACGGCGCCAGGACUCUGCCCAACAGAGACAUGGAGAAGCCUAGCCAAAACUCUUGUGCAGGAGGUCAGAGGCCAGCCAGCACAGAGGCGCCCUCUGUUAUGGAACUGCCCUUCAGCACGUUGCACUUUGGCACAACACAGACGUCUGCGAACGGACCCAUCGUGAUCACAGAGGACAGCAUCUUGAUACCACUGAAAGGAUCAGUUGGUAAGGGUGAAGUGGCGGUUACCAUGGUUCCCUCCAAGCUGCAUAGUUACGGGCUGUGGGAUGGGGCACUGGUCCGUGACGGCACUCUACUGGCAGAGUCGAGGGAACCUUCACCCUCCCUCCUCUUCCUCGCAGUGUCAUAUGCUCAAGCCAGGCUGCUGCAGGAGGCACUGUCCUCAAUACACACCACACACACUUUGGGUAAGCCUUGCCCGUUUGUGUUGGUGGUGUUGACCGACCAGCUGGACGACCUGCAGCGUGCCAUGCUGGCGUCCCUGAUGGACGUGAUGGGUCUGCGCUGUGGGCAGUCCUCUCUGGCUGCGCCCCUGCCCUGGGACGAGGGGCUGAGGCGGCUCCGCUGCAACCCUCGUGGGACACACCUCCUCACCCUGCUGGGCCACGGAGACCACGCCUCCAGCCCGGACUCCCAGCACACAGACAGAAAGGGGACCACAGAGGAGAGUUUGUGUAAGUCCAAGAAAGGCAGAGCAGGCCAUAAGGGUGGAGCCAGUGAGGUCACAGACAUGAGACACGCCUCCCUCCGCAGCCACACACGACAGCAGAGCCUGCCAAGAAGGUUGAUUCAGUACCCCCCUCCCCCAUCCAAAGGUGGCAUCACCGUGACGACCGAAGACCUGGAGUGUCUGAGGGACGGCGAGUUCCUAAAUGAUGUCAUUAUCGACUUCUACCUCAAGUACCUUCACCUGGAGCGGGCAGACCGGGGCGUGGCUGACAGGGUGCACAUCUUCAGUAGUUUCUUCUACAAGCAGCUCACGCGCAAGUCCAACAGCAGUGAGGAGGAGGCGGGCGGCACAGCACAGUACAGACGCCAUCGGAGAGUGAAAAACUGGACCAGACAUGUAGACAUUUUCAGCAAGGACUACCUCUUCAUCCCUGUCAACCAAGAAGCACACUGGUAUCUGGUGGUGAUCUGCUUCCCUGGUCUCCAGAAGCCCGAAUCAGUGCCGUAUAGGUGCUCGACAUCGAUGGAUGGCUCCGGGGCUGAGGACAAACUCCAGGCUCAGACUCCAAGCAGGCCGGGCGGCCCCAGCAGCCGCUUCACUGCAGGGAAACGGCAAAUAGGGAGCAUGGGUGACCAAAAGGGCAGGUUCACACCUGGUGUGCGCACAUCUCAUGACCUUCCGGACUGCACAGUGCUCACUUGCCAGAGGAAGGUGGUCACCAGGAGGCCCUGCAUUUUGACCAUGGACUCUCUGAAGCUGUUCUAUCAUUAUGGCAUCUACCCAUUGUUACGAGAGUACCUGCAGGUGGAGUGGGAGGUCCGACGGAAAACCCCCCGGGCCUUUAACGAUGAAGUCAUCAAAGGCUGCCACUGCAAGGUCCCCCUGCAGGACAACAGCAGCGACUGUGGCCUAUACCUGCUGCAGUAUGUAGAGAGCUUCCUACAGAACCCAGUGGUGCACUUCGAACUCCCACUCCGGUUGGAGCGCUGGUUCCCCCGACAGCAGAUACGAAGAAAGAGGGGGGAGAUACGUGAACUAGUGCUUCAGCUGUAUCGGCAGCAAGGUGGCGGAGCAGAGCUGAGCAGCAGCUAACGACUGGACGAACAAACUGUCCAUCACACCACCACUCUCCAUUGAGGACCUAGCAGCAUUCAACCAACAACCAUGGCCUUGUUUUAUACAAAUACAAUUAGGCAUUUGUAUUUAUUUGUAUUGUAUUUUAGCUCUUGUUAAUUUAUUGUAAUUAUAGUUUUUUAGUGUUAUGUGCAGUUUUCAGUGUAUUAAGGAAAAAAAAUCACCAGAAUAAAAUAAUUUAAU